AUGGUUUCCCCAGGCAUCAAAGCCUACCGUGUCAACAUCAGUGUUCCCCCUACUGGCCUCAAUUGUUCCCCUACUGGCCUCAACACCAGUGUUUCCCCUACUGGCCUCAACAUCAGUGUUUCGCCUACUGGCCACAACACCAGUGUCUCCCCUACUGGCCUCAACACCAGUGUUUCCCCUACUGGCCUUAACAUCAGUGUUUCCCCUACUGGCCUCAACAUCAGUGUUUCCCCUACUGGCCACAACACCAGUGUCUCCCCUACUGGCCUCAACACCAGUGUUUCCCCUACUGGCCUCAACAUCAGUGUUCUCCCUACUGGCCUCAACACCAGUGUUCCCCCUACUGGCCUCAACACCAGUGUUUCCCCUACUGGCCUCAACACCAGUGUUCCCCCUACUGGCCUCAAUGUCAGUGUCUCCCCUACUGGCCACAACAUCAGUGUUCCCCCUACUGGCCUCAACACCAGUGUUCCCCCUACUGGCCUCAACAUCAGUGUUCCCCCUACUGGCCUCAACAUCAGUGUUCCCCCUACUGGCCUCAACACCAGUGUUCUCCCUACUGGCCUCAACAUCAGUGUUCCCCCUACUGGCCUCAACACCAGUGUUCCCCCUACUGGCCUCAACAUCAGUGUUCCCCCUACUGGCCUCAACACCAGUGUUCCCCCUACUGGCCUCAACAUCAGUGUCCCCCCUACUGGCCUCAACACCAGUGUCCCCCCCUACUGGCCUCAACAUCAGUGUCCCCCUACUGGCCUCAACACCAGUGUUCCCCCUACUGGCCUCAACACCAGUGUUUCCCCUACUGGCCUCAACAUCAGUGUUCCCCCUACUGGCCUCAACACCAGUGUUCCCCCUACUGGCCUUAAUAUCAGUGUCCCCCAGUCCCCCCUACUGGCCUCAAUAUCAGUGUCCCCCAGUCCCCCCUACUGGCCUCAAUAUCAGUGUCCCCCAGUCCCCCCUACUGGCCUCAAUAUCAGUGUCCCCCAGUCCCCCCUACUGGCCUCAAUAUCAGUGUCCCCCAGUCCCCCCUACUGGCCUCAAUAUCAGUGUCCCCCAGUCCCCCCUACUGGCCUCAACAUCAGUGUUCCCCAGUCCCCCCUACUGGCCUCAACAUCAGUGUCCCCCCUACUGGCCUCAACAUCAGUGUUCCCCCUACUGGCCUCAACAUCAGUGUUCCCACCGUUAUCGAUUUAUUGA